AUGUCACUGAGCUGUACGGCAAGGGCGUUGAAAUUUUCGCUUUUUAUUUUCAACUUGGUUUUUUUGGUUGGUUUUUUUAAUGUUUUGAUAGUGCUCUCAUAUUUUUUUUCACUUUCAACUUUUCACUUUUUUGUAGAGUACAAUAUUUCAGACAGAUAAAGAAAAAGUGAUAAAAUUAUCCUGAAGUCAUCAUUCAUGUUCCGUUCUGAGAUAUCCCAUAACUACUUAAUUUCUUAUUUUUUAAAGAGCGAAAACAAAAAGAGAUCAACUUCUGAAUUCACAUUUAUAAUUUUCGUAAUGAUUUGUUUCUAUGAUCAUUUUUGAUGGCAUAAAAAAAAAUUUGAAUUAGCUUUGAAGUAACUUCUUCAGUUGAACUCUCUCUCUCAUAAAAUAAAUGGUCUUUUUCCUCUCUCCACUAAAAGCUUCUGCUCCGCAGCUGAGCUCCAUUCAAAAAGAAAAAGUAUUUUGAAUUUCUUUUACGUAUUUUCCUUUUAAGACCGGAGAAUUCCAGAUUUGCGGACUGGUGUGUGUUGGAAUUGGAACCUGGCUCGUUCUGGACAAAUAUGCAAUUGAUAAUCUUGCCAUGGCCACAGCGAAAGUUCAGGGAUACGAUCAGGAUGCUGGACUGCGGGAUCUGGUUUGUCUCUUUUUUGCUUUAGUCGGUGCAAAGGUCAUCCUGUUCUUUUUCCAUCUAGCUAAUUUUCACUGAAAUCGGAUACCACAACCUUGUUUUCUCGUUCAACGUUUUUCACAUUUCAACGUGUUACACUGAGAUGGAAGCCCGUGCUUUUUUGUUAGCUUGUGCUUUUUUUUAAAGUAAGAUACUGAAAGCUGUGUUGAACCGCAGAAUGAGUUUUUUAAAGAAUUCAACAAAAAAAAUGAUCGAUAAAGUGCGUCAAAAUCUUUUUUGUACUUCUCUCCCUAGAGAGAAGUCUUGAUGUCACUUUUGGGUUGCGUAUUUGAACACUAUUAUUAGAAACCAAAAACUAGCACUUUUCAAUGACCUAGUGAAUUUGCACAUUGAGUACUAAAUGUUUGAAGCAAGAAACUCAAUACUUGGUAAAUUUCAAGAGUGGCGUAAACUUGCCUUUUUUACAUUUGGAGAGAUGAAAUUUGCACAGGUGUUGUUUUUAUGUUGAAAAUUAAAAAAUUUAUAAAUUUCUCAGAGCGAGUAGUUUUGAAAUUGAACGAAGAUAGGAUACUAAUUAAAUGAAUGAUCUGCUUUUUUGAUAAAUCCGUUAGAGGCUGUUAGUUUCGAUAGAAAAAUCUGAAUGGGAAGCCAUUUUCUGGUAGUUUUUCGUCUUUCUUUGCUGUCUAAACAUUUUACUUUCUUUCAAGGUGAAAACCGUCGAUUUCAAAUAUUAUCUCUUAACUAAAUAUUUUUCCCUUUGAAUAUAUACUCGACCAGUUUAAUCCUGGUUUGGAUGAGCUGCAAACGAAGUUCUCUAUUUUAAAAGCAAUUUCUCAUACUUGAGGCAACAAAACCGACUGCCGUACGACAAAUUGGGUAUCUUUUACUUGGCGGCGGUCUCAUUGUGAUAUUCGUUGCGUUUCUCGGAUGCUGUGGAGCUGCCAAAGAAUGGCGUCCGCUGCUUUGUUGCGUUCGUCAAAGCGGAAACCGAUCUUUCUAGAAAAAAAUCUUUUUUUUUCAGUACGCCUCUUGUUUGAUGCUCAUUUUAGCUGUUGAAAUAGCGGCUACCAUUUACGCAUUUUUACAUAGUCAUAUGGUUAGUUUUGUAAGAUUAAGACGAGCACUGAGAAAAAACUCUGAAAGCUCAAUUUCAGUUUGAAAAAGACUUUCGAGACAUUUUACACUCUUCGUUGAAAAUGUACAACGGGACUAAUAACAUUAAAGACAACGAACAAGACGGAAUGCUCGUCAAAGCAGCUUGGGACAAAAUCAUGAUGGAGGUUGGUCUUGCACCGUUUUUUAGGGCUAUGGAAGUUUAAAAAAAAAACAGCUAAACGAUGCCGAUUACUUGCAAAAAACAUUCCUUUGCAGAUAAUUAAAUACUAAUAGUUUUAAAAUUUCCAUUUAGUUUCAGUUGUCGGGAGAAUUUUAUAAUACUCUGCGAGUCGAAAAUUGGAGCUAUCCGCUUUGACUUUUUUGCGCUUAUUUAACGGCGAGCUCAUUCUAUUAAAGUGUUUUCUAAGUUCAUGUUCCAUUUGAAAUAUCUCAUCGUUCAUUCAUUCUUGAUAUUUUCAGAAGUCAUGCUGUGGAGUGGACUCCAAAAUCGGCGAAUUCAACGGUUCUGGCUGGUUUGUUCUGACCAAGGGCAAGAACGCCUUCCCACCAGCUUGCUGUCCUUUGGACGAGCAUUCUCGAUUGAGACCGUCUUGCUCUACCAUCAUGCGCCACGCCCAUGUUCGUUUUGACCUUCUGGAAACGCCGACAAGUUUUCAAAAUACGACUUUGAUGUUUUUGUUGGGCUCGAUUAGUGUGAAAAUCUGAACUAAUUUGAGCAAAUGGAGCAUGUUUAUGGUACGACCGUUGUGAAUGUUCUGUUGAUUUUCUGGUUAAUUAAGUGAAGCUUGAGAAAAGUAAGAAAGAAUGUUUUUAUUUUGAUGGCCACAUUUUUUGAAAAAUCGAAAAUUUUAUCUGGUUCAUUUGUGAGCUUCAAACAGUACGUUUUCCGCUAUGAAACGUUAUUUUUUGGUGAGAGAAAAUUUGUUUAUCAAGCUUCAAAAAAUUUGCUAGUGCUGAAAUAAAAAAUUUCACUCAAAAAGAUUUUUAUUCGUCAGGUCUUCUCAAACGUUUCAUGAACACUACUACAGCAAAAGUGAAUGAUGAGAGUUCAAUGUUGCUCACUAAGUUUUGAACGUCUUUUUCUGUUGUUCUCUUUUUUUCCAUUUUUAUAUCAAGACGCUUAGAAAAGGUCAUAAUCAAACCAAAGUCUAUUUUGCAGUUCGUAAAAAUCAAAUUUAAAUUUUCGCUUGCCUGUUGCUGCACUUCUGAAUAUUGUGCUAUUUCCAGGGCUGCUAUUCCAAAAUAGCCGAGUCGUUCCAAGAGUUGACCUCGCAUUUCAAAAUUGUUGCAUGGACAGUUGUUUUUUUCGCCCUGAUUCAGGUUUUUAUGUUUCUUUGCUUUAUAUGGCAAGUUUCCUUGUUUGUAGGUGGUUGGUAUUAUUGUGGGCUUCUGGCUUUGCGAUUCGAUCACGUCCGACGACGACUUAUUUUGAAGAAAAAAACUAGUAUUCUGAAACUUUGGAUUACUUAUAAAUAAAAAAAUUGUAUCAUAUGUAUAAAAUGAUGCGAAAUUAGUAACAAAGUCACCCAUUACAGGGCUGUAUGACAUCGUUGUUCAGAACGAAUCGAAUUCAUUUUAGCGCCGUUUUCGGCGUUCUUUCCCUUCUUAUCAUUUUUGAGGUAUACAAAAAUUCUUCGAGAGUUCACGGAUUUGAAGGUUUCAGGUGCUUAUCUUUGUCACGGCUGUACAAUUAUUCAAACGGAUUAAAAUUGAAAUGCUCUACUAUUAUUGA